AUGAAGGCUGACAAGACACUCCAGCAGCCUAUCCGGCAGUUCCAGGUGGUGGGCCGGCAGCGGCCUGCUGCUGCAGCAGCAGCAGCAGCAGCAGCAACACCAGCGUACCGGCUGCGGCUGUUUGCUGCGAACGAAGUGCUGGCGGUGUCGCGUUUCUGGUAUUUGCUGCGGCAGCUGCGGAAGAUCAAGCGGGCCCACGGGGAGGUUUUGGAGGUUGUGGAGAUAAACCCUAAAAGAGCGACUAAUCCCAAAAACUUCGGGGUUUGGCUCCGCUACGACAGCCGCACCGGCAGCCACAACAUGUACAAAGAAGUCCGCGACAUUUCCGAAAAUGCUGCAGCAGCACAAGUGCUCGCGGAGAUGGCGGGGAGGCACAGGGCCCUCGCCAGCAACAUCCAGGCGAGGAUAAUCCGGAUAGUGCAGCUGAAGGGCAGCGAGUGCCGCAGGCCUCACGUGCAGCAAAUGCUCAGCAGCAAAUUGAAAAUGCCAGCAAUUCGGAGAAUAAUGCCAAUUCCAAAAGCCAAAAGAUCCACUUUUGUGGCCAAGAGGCCCAGGCUUUUCCUCAACUAG